UUCUUGUUUUCCCUCGUAAAUGCUCCAGUUUAAGAGUCAAACUAUGAUGCCAUUUUGUCAUGCACCAGCCAGGAACCCAUCAGGGAUCCACAGUUAUUGUCUUCUAUUACUCUUUGCUAUAGCUCCCAUUCUGGGUGGAGAAGUCCCUGAUGCGGUGAAAGUUGGGGAUACUGCGAUUAUCCCUUGUAACGAGACAUGUAAUGGCAAUCUUUUAUGGGAAUUUAAAACAAAAAAUGAAAAGUUGGAUGUCUUGCAAUGUGUGCGAGGGACUUGCACAGAAGGAGAUCGCUUUAUGAACAGAGUAAGCAUCUCUGAAAAGUUCAAGGCUGGAAACCCGUCUCUAAAACUGUAUCAUGUUCUGUUCAAUGAUGAAGGCUGGUACAUGGUCUUGUGUGAUUCAAAGUUUCUUUGUAGAUUUCACUUGGAAGUGUUUGUCCCCACUACUGUGAAUGCCACAUUUGGAAGCAACAUCACACUACCCUGCUACGCACGUACAGAGAAACGGAUCACUGAUGAUGCUGUGAACGUCUUUUGGAAAAAAGAUGACCAAACUGUGUUACAAGUUCAAAAAGGAAUUACAAAUCAUGGUUUAAGUUUUUCAGGCAGGGCAACAGUUUCACUAGAUCAUUAUAAGGACGGAGAUCUAUCGCUUACCAUAUUCUGGGUCACCACGGCAGAUAAGGGAUUAUAUCGGUGUUAUCACAAUACAGAAGAGGAACAUGGGCAUCCUGGUGCUGUCACUCUUAAUGUUAUAGCUCAUCAAAAGUUCUGUGCAAAGAAGUUUGGCGACAAUCUCACCCUUGACCUGUUCGGCUCAGACCCCGUGACGGUAACUUUCACUAGUUCAACUGAGACCCGGGUUUGCAGUGUGAGCGGAAACGAUGCUGCGUGUUCACCUGAAUACACUAACAGAGUAUCUGUCGUGAAUUACUCCCUUGUGGUGGGCAUGUUGACAUCUUCUGAUACAGGGACGUUUACUGUGAAAGACAAAAUGGGUGAAGUCAUUAGUAUCAACACCGUCACUGUGGAGGGUGUGACCCAGAGAUAUUACUACGUAGCUCCGUCUGUACUGGCUUUUUUUCUCAGUUGUUGUCUGUUCUAUUGGUGUCAUAGAAAGUCACAAGCAAAUGCAAAUGAGUAUACUGGGGUUACAGAGCCACUCAGAGAGCCUGCAUGCAUCGGAUUGUCACAAGAAGAAACUAGCCCAAAUAUUCCAGAGGAGUCUGACGUUUCUGCACACACACCUGUAGAGGAGACCAUGCCUAUGAGGGUGACCCCUGAGAAGCAGGACAACACUGAAGAGGAGGAAUCUAUAUUACCUCUGGAAUAA